UUCAGAAACAUUGAAACUGAUAACCUAUAUGAAAAGAGUUGCUAAGAGAACAAAAAAUUCUCAGGAUGCUACAUGCUCUGACAUCAACGACUAUCAAGAUAAUCACAAUAAAGUGCCAACACAACUGUCUCUAAUAUGUAACACACUUUUGGAAAUUUUCAAUGAAAACGUUUUGUUUAAAGAAGUUCUGAAGUUCUUCCAAGAGGAGGGCUCUGAAGAGAGCCCUGAAGAGAGCCCCGAAGAGAGCCCUGAAGAGAGCCCUGAAGAGAGCCCUGAAGAAUGGCCAGUAUUUCGACAAAAAUGA